CCGGGUGUUUUUAUAAUGGCUACACAUAUUACUCAUGACUUCCAUGGUCAUGAUAAUAAGUUUCUGGAAAAUCAUUGUAUGAGGAGAAACAAUGACAGAGAUCCAAAGAAGCAAUUGGACCAGAAGGAUAUCCAUGGACUUGACCAAAAUCCAGACAAUGGACUACUGGUUACACAUGUUAACCAGACACAAGACUUACUGAGGCUUCAGGGAGAUGAGACCCAUCCUUCGGCUUGGGAGGACUCAGAAGACUGGCUUUCAACACACAGUUUACAGUUUGAGAGGCUCACCCUGGCUGACCUGCUUAGCCAGGGCACCGCUGUGCUGGAGGAAGGCAGCAGUGUGAUGAAGAAAGUGCACUUCUCCACCCAGAUCAUCCACCAGUUUGAAUCAAGGCUUUCUGAGGCUAUUAAACUCUACCAACAGAGAAUCCAGUGGCUCACAGAAAGCAGCAGAAAGGCAUUUGGUCUCAUCAAGGGAGCCAGAGUCGCCAUUGUCAUUGAUGUAUCAGCCAUGAGCAGUGGCUCUCAGAAAGAGGAGUUCCAAAAUGACUUCCUGAGCCUCAUCGAUGAGCAGCUGAGCCACAAGGAGAAGCUGUAUGUCCUGUCCUUCGGUACUGCCACCAGCGCCCUCUGGCCAGACCCCGUGGAUGUCAGCACCUCCACCCUCCAGGAACUCAAGCUCUGGGUGAAGAAGCUGCAACCUGAUGGAGGCAGCAAUCUGCUACAAGCCCUGAGGAAGAUCUUCACCCUGAAAGGGCUGAAUUCUCUGGUGACCAUAAUGGGAAGCUGCCCAGAUCAGCCUUCUGAAAUUCUGUCCGACUAUAUCCAACAAUCAACCAUGGGAAUGGGCCUCAUCACCCACAUCAUCACCUACAAAUGCAACAAUCAGGUGCCCCUUGCUGUCCUAAAGAACCUUGCAGAACAUCUUGGGGGCUACUACCACUGCUACAGCCCAGAAACGGAGGUCUACACCAGCUGGGACAUGGACCAGCUGCUGGCAGAAAUCCAGAAAGCCCAGAGCCUCCUGGGCCACAUCCAAGCCUUGCGCCAAAGAACCCCCUGUGAGGAGCUAACCGGCAUGAUGAAGGAGAUUUCCACAGAGAUUUCAAAAGGGCCACUCACAGGUCUCUUGCCUAAACCCCCAAAGCAUGAGGGUCCCCUCACAAUUGAGUUCCCAAACUUGGACAAGACUUCUGCAGAAUGGCUAAAGAUCAAUGGCCUAAAAGCCAGGAAGCUAAGCCUUUAUCAGGUUCUGGCACCCAACGCAUUCUCUUCUGUGGAGGAAUUUGUGCCUAUUCUCCAGAAAACAGUAUCUUCCACUAUCCAUGAGAAGGCAAUGGUACAGUUUGAAUGGCAUGACGGGACAGUGAAGAAUGUUCACGUGGACCCGCCCUUCCUCUAUGAGUACCAGAAACAGCUCAGCAGAGCUAUGCGGAUGUAUGAGAGACGGAUUGAGUGGCUCUCUUUGGCCAGCCGAAGAAUCUGGGGCACCGUCUGUGAAAAAAGAGUGGUUAUACUGCUGGAUAUCUCUGUGACCAAUUCCAUGUACAUUAUUCAUAUCCAGCACUCCCUGCGGCUUCUGCUGGAAGAACAGUUGUCCAACAAGGACUGCUUCAACAUCAUCGCGUUUGGAAGCACAAUUGAAAGCUGGAGGUCCGAGAUGGUUGCCGUGAGCCAUGAAAACUUACAAAGCGCCUGGCGGUGGGCCCUGACUUUGCAGUGUCGGGGCAGCAGGAAUGUCCUCAGCGCCCUGCGGAAGGCUGUGGAAGUGGACUUCAAGGACAAAGACAAACACCAGUCACAGGGCAUCUACCUCUUCACAGGGGGCAUCCCUGACCAGGACAUGCCCAUGCUCAGCGCCUACAUGACCGAGGCCUGUGGGGGCUGCGACCUCCACUUGAACGUGUGUCUCUUCUACGUGGGUGAGCCCCAGAUGGACAUCACGCCCCCUGCCUGCUAUGCCAGCUGCACAGACACAGCCGCCGCCUACCGGGAGGUCACCCAGGCUACUGCUGGGCGCUUCCACUGGUUUGGUGACACAGGUAUUUACGAAAGCGAUGACAUUAAUGCCAUCAUGUCUGAGAUGGAAAAAGCGCUCAACUACUCGCAGAAGUGUGCCUUGCUGGUGUCCUCCCUGAAGAACCAAUCUGGAAAAGAACUAGAGAGUGCAGUCCUCCUGAAAGCAAAGCCAAAGAUAUUCAAGCAAAGAAGUCAGCCCAAGAAACUCUGUUCUUCCAAACCCACAGCUCCCUCGGUGGCCAGAAUGAGCCUUAAAGAGGACCCUGACAGAGAGAAGAGAUCCCCCUUGCAAGUUCUGACAUGGCGGCCACUCAGUGGCAAAGCAGGCGUCCCACCAGCUGCAGCCCAGCCAGUGAAAGGAGGGACCGCACAACAGAGAAGGAAGACCAGGUGGAGGGAAGCAGAGACAUCUCUCUCACUGUUUUAUACAGAGACCAGGAAUAAUGUGGGUUCUGUAUACAAGAAGUACCCUCAAGGAAGGGGCAUACGAAGGGUUAAUUCUUCUAUACAGUUGCCAAGGAAGGAUACAAUUUGCUCAAGCCAAGAGUGGGUAGCGAAUUACGGACUAAAAAAACUGAAGAUGGAAAUCUCCAGAUACAUGGGUCCCAGCUGCGCCCAUCAAAAAUCAGUCCAGGGGCUGGCCUCAGCCAAACACUGCGCCAUCCUGCCCAGCAUAGAAAUUAAUGGGAUAGUGAGACAUAUCCAGUGGACGCCCAGGGAAAUUGAAGUAUACAUCACGUGCCUGGAGAAGGUGAUGAAGCGCUAUGUCCAGAGGCUGCAGUGGCUAUUGUCUGGGAGCCGCCGACUGUUUGGCACCAUUCUGGAGCGCAAAGUGUGCAUCCUGGUGGACACGUCGGGAUCCAUGGGCCCCUACCUGCAGCAGGUGAAGACGGAGCUGGUUCUGCUGAUCUGGGAACAGCUGCGGAAGCACUGUGACAGCUUCAACCUGCUUAGCUUUGCAGCAGACCUGCAACUCUGGCAGGACACCCUGGUGGAGACCACCGAUGAGGCAUGUCAUGAGGCUAUGCAGUGGGUGACCCACCUGCGCGCUCAUGGGAGCACCUCCGUCUUGCAGGCAUUACUGAAAGCCUUCACUUUUCACGAUGUGGAAGGAUUGUACCUCCUGACCGAUGGGAAGCCAGAUACAAGCUGCAGCCUUAUUCUGCGUGAAGUCCAAAGACUCAUGGAGACAAGACAUGUGAAAAUGCACACCAUUGCCCUGAACCACUCAAGCAGGGCGGCGGGUGACUUCCUGAGAAAUCUGGCCGCCCUCACGGGGGGCCGCUAUCACUGCCCCGUUGAUGAGGACACACUCCUCAGAAUCCAUGGCCUGCUGACCAAGGGCAUCAUGGACGAAAGGGAUUCCAUGUUGCCACUGUUUGAAGGAGAUGAUUUAAGGAGAUUGGCCCAGGAGAUCACCAAGGCCAGAAGCUUCCUCUGGAAGGCCCAGUCCUUCAGGUCCCAACUCCAGAAGAAAAACAACACAGAACCAAAUGUCACUCUUUUUUAGAGAUGUGUUCUCAGCCACAAAACUGUCACUCACUGGGAAGCCCUGCACCGAGGCCUGCCUGGAACCCCCUUCUUACCACCCUCUGCCUGAUGGCUUCUGCUCCUCAAUCAAGGCACAGCUCAAAUGACAUCAGCUCCACUGUGAAGAUGUUUCUGAGACCCGUUGAGAGCUGGGAGCCUCCAGCCUUCCUUCCACUGUAUCCUGGCCAAACAUCCCUUUUCAUAGCAGCAACACCUAGCAUUUAUUAUGCCUAGUACCCCAUGUCAUGCUUCCUUGCUUCCCUGCCAACUCUUCUCCUUGACUGUGAGCUCUACCCAGAAAUGAAGCUGGUGUCCUAACCAUCUCUAGGUCCCCAGAACCUGCCACAGGGCAGAUUGCAGUAAACUGGGAGCACCCAGCUCAGUUGUGGGAGCCCAGCUCUGGAAACCAACCAGAGGAUAUUGUUUCUACCCUAGUCCCCUCACUCAGUGCUUCCCAUCACCCUUGUCCACGUGAUGAAGAUUCACUGUCAGCCCAUCUUGGGAGAAGAAACAAGUGGGCUUACCACCUGCUUGUUCAACCAAACAGAAUUAAAGUCUACUCUGGAGCCAAGUCCAGAGAGAGUGCUCUGCUCAAGCAGGUGCAAAUCAGGCUAGGCCCCAGCCCUACUGUGUACAUACAAAAUGAAUAUGUCAUGUAUUAUGUGGUCUGGGAUCAUAUCCUGAGACAAAAAAAUUGCUGGUACUUAAUUAAAUAGGAGCAAAAUGAC